AUGUUUUUCUUCCUCAACUGCCUUCACUUGCUGAUAUUCGCCACUGAAGUAUCUUGUGGCACUUACAACACGUCGUCAUGGCAUCGCUUCUGGUGGUGGACGCCAGGGAAGAAGUGGCCUUCUGGUGUAACCGAUGUGUUGAAAAACGCCUAUGGCACUUGCAAGUUUAGUGAUCAUUACUGCUUUCAGCGGCUACCCUCCUGGGCUAGGGAAGAUGCUACGGAACUGCUUGCUAUUGACAAUGAAGGAACUGUUUAUCGGUGGCAAUUUGACUCGAAGAACCCAACUGCCCAUGCUGUUUGGCAAGCGCUCCAUGAUCAUAAAAAAACUCACAACGGAAAGAUUAAAAACAAGAAGGCCUGGAACCCUACAACUCUGGAAGGAAAGAAACCUAAGGCAACUCAAGACUCUUUUAUGUACCGCACCCAGAAUGGUGUGAAGUCUUUGCUCUUGGAUGACGACAACUGUGACUGCUUGUCUUCACUGAGUAUGGGUCAUGGGAUGUGUAACGCUGGUCACUCCACCUCGUACAGCAAGUCUAACGUGUUUGGUGUCGAUAAACUGUACGACCCAGGCUGUCGCGGACCAUCUCCAAGUUAUGGCCUUUCACUGUACUUUCGAGCAGCCAAAAAGCUUACUCUGGAAGACUUUGGUGGGGGAUGGAGAGCAUUCUGGUGGUGGGAAAAGGAUUUCACUUGGCCACAUUUCGUAACAGAUAUCCUUGGAAGCCCAUAUGGUUCAUGUGAAGACCACGCUGCCUUCUGCUUCCAGCGUCUACCCUCUUGGCUCAAAGAAAGAGAUACGGAGUUGCUAGGUGUUGAUUCCUUGGGAACAGUUUAUAAAUGGUCCUUUAAUCCCAAGAACCCAGUCGCCCACGCUGCUUGGCUUGCAUUCCGUGAUCAUAAAGAGGCAAAAUACAAGGAAGUCUCAAACUCAAUGCCUUGGACUCCUGUGGCUCUUAAAGGGAAAGUGUCCUCAAGAUCUCAAACGUCUUUCAUGUACCGUGAGCAAAACGGAGUGAGAUCUCUGCUAAUUGACGACAAUUUCUGUGACUGUGAUUCGACCCUAAAUCUUGGUCACGGUAUGUGUUUCACUGGUCAUUCGAAGAGCUACAGCAAAGCUAACGUCUUUGGAGUCGACGCCUUGUACGAUGGUGGAUGUCACGGUCCUGUUCCAAGCGUUGGCCUCACGCUUUACUAUCGCACCCAACGUCCGGACUUGAAACAGUUCGGAGCCAAGUGGAGACCGUUCUGGUGGUGGAAUGCUGGGUUGCAAUGGUCAGCUUGUAGUGUUGAUAGGCAAGAAAAGGACGUACUUGAAAAUCCUUAUGGAUCUUGUUCCGGUGGUGACCCAUUUUGCUUUCAGCGUCUUCCGUCUUGGCUCGAGGAACAGUCUGCACAGAUUUUAGCCAAAGACUCGCAAAACAAUGUCUACAGAUGGCAGUUUAACGCCUCUAACCCCACUGCGCAUGCGGCAUGGAAUGCUUUUCACAACCACAAAGAAACAGCUGCUGGUUCAAUUCUAAACCAAAAGGCUUGGAAUCCUACAGUGUUGAAAGGAAGAUCAGCCUUCGUGGAUCAGGAUUCCUUCACUUACAGAAGUAAAAACGGGGUCAAGUCUGUGCUUUUAGAUGAUGACAAUUGUGACUGUUUGUCGACAAUUCAACUUGGGGCUACUAUGUGCGGUGAUAAACUUGAUCCAAAUGCCCGUGGAAUUGAUCUUCUGUAUGACCCUGUUUGUAACCUACCAAGCCCCAACAACGGACUGACUCUUUAUUUCAAAGUUCCAAGCCACUCACUUACCUUUCAAGGAUAUGGCUUUGAAUGGGCAGCCUUUUGGUGGUGGCCAAAGGAUGGAAAAUGGCCCGAAGGAGUAUCUGAUGUAUUAGAGAAGCCAUUUGGCAAAUGCAAAGAAACUGACAUUUACUGCUUUGGAAGGCUUCCUUCCGCUGCCAAAGAAGACAGGACCAGGCUUCUUGCUAUCGACACAGAAGAAAACGUCUACACCUGGAGGUUCUCUUCCGGAAAUCCAACAGCGCAUGCGGCCUGGAGGGCACUUCAUGAUCAUGUGGAGACACCAUUCAAAAAGAUAAGAAACAGCAGGACAUGGAACCCCACAGUACUAAGAGGAACUUCACCAAGAGCUCACCAAGACUCUUUUAUGUAUCGAUUACAAGCAGGUGUCAAGUCCCUUCUGCUGGAUGACGACAACUGUGACUGUUUGUCAACCUUGAGCAUGGGACAUGGAAUGUGCGGGUCUGGGUUCUCUUCGAGCUACGGUCCUGCAAAUCGAUAUGGAGUCGAUGCUCUCUACGAUGGCAAGUGCAACACCCCGCGAUUUAAUGUCGGCCUCACUUUAUAUUUCACUGUUUCAGAUGAAGUCAAGAAACCCAUGACAUCAUGCAAACACGGUGGAAGGUGGAUAACCUUCUGGUGGUGGACUGCUGAUGCAACAUGGCCAGCAAAAGAAAAUGAUGUGCUAACCUACCCUUACGGAUACUGCAGUUCGUAUAGCGAGUACUGUUUUGGACGAAUACCAUCUUGGGCAAGGGAAGACAACACGGAAAUGCUUGCUAUCGACUCUCAAGGAAACGAAUACCUUUGGAAGUUUGACUCUCACAACGCUGUUGCGCAUGCUGCGUGGUUGGCCUUCCACGAUCAUGUGACCACUCCCGCGGGCAAAGUCCUCAACAACCCAGACGCCUGGGAUCCAGUGGUACUGAAAGGAACAAAGCCAAAAGCGAAGCAAGACUCUUUCAUGUAUCGAGCGCAGAAUGGCGUCAAGUCUAUUUUAAUGGAUGACGACAACUGUGAUUGCCUCACAACCCUGAAUAUUGGCCAUGGAAUGUGUGGGUCUGGGCACAGCACCAGCUAUGGUCCUGCAAACCGGUUUGGAGUAGAUGCCCUCUAUGAUCCCGGGUGCAAAGCCCCCAGACCUGAAGUAGGACUAACGCUUUAUUUUCGAGUGAAGUAG